AUCAACCCAGUUCGGUGGAGCGCACUGAAGACUGAUUUCGCCUGAACGGUACACAGGACCAAGUUACAAGCCUGUGAGAUCAAACCAAAAGGACUGAAGUGAGAUCUUUUUAACAACUUGGAUUUGCAAAGAUGUCUGUCUCCACUAUGGAAUUAAAAAAAUCUAUUUCGGACUCUGAGAGAACGUUGAAGAGCUACGGCGCUGUGCAAGAGACCGACUGGAACACGGAUAAAGGUCCGGGCGACGUGUCCAUGAUCGACAGCACCAUGUCCCCGGACGAGAUCGAGGUGGAGAUGGCGCGCAUCCAGCGUCUCCGCGAGGUCCUGGUGCGCCGCGAGUCCGAGCUGCGCUACAUGAUGGAUGACAUUCAGCUGUGCCAAGACAUCAUGAGCCUGAAGCAGGAGCUGAGGAAGAUCGUGCUGGUGCCAGAGAGAGAGAAGACCAAGAAGCACCGGCAGGGCGAGGAGGAGUUAAUCCAGAAGAUCCAUAAACUGGUGCAGAAGAGGGACUUCCUGGUGGACGACGCGGAGGUGGAGAGAUUACGGGAGCAGGAGGAGGACAAGGAGAUGGCCGACUUCCUCCGGCUCAAGCUCAUGUCGCUGGAGAAGCUGGCCAAAGUGGCCGAGGGUCCUGCCAAGCCCAAGAGAACCGUCCCGGAGCCUCCGCCCAACAAGCCCUCCGUCGUCAAGUCCAGCGUCGCCAUCAUCAAGGACUGCUGCGGUGCCACCCAGUGUGCCAUCAUGUAACGAAACGUCCCCCCACCCCCAACAACCCUUC